AUGGCCUACUACGACGAGCACGGAGGUGUUGGCGCGGGCAGAUUCACAAAGAAUUUCGACGGGCCAGUUGGACCUCGUCGGCCAAGGUUGGUGACCGACUAUGGCUCAUCAAUGGUACAAUGGAUGCGCACACGGCGCCCUCGCUUUCGCGGCGAGCACCGCAUGGAGGCGGAACGUCCAAGCGCGAGCUUUGCAGUCGACAUGCUCCCUCCCAUGGCGCGAACAUAUUCCCCUGCCGAUACAAUUCCCGUUCGACACCUCCAUCAGUCAAUUGGAAAAUCGAAAAAGCCCAUUGUGGUCGUGCGCUGGACGCCGGAGGGAAGACGCUUACUGACUGGUGGACAUACGGGUGAAUUUAUGCUCUGGAAUGGAACAGCCUUUAAUUUCGAGACGGUCAUGGAUGCGCAUUACGAUCAGGUACAAGCUGGAGUUACUUCCCUAGGCUGGUCGCAUAGCCACGAAUGGUUGAUUUCGGGUGGACAACGAGGUGACAUCAAGUACUGGCGACCGAACUUCAACAACGUCGAAACGAUUGACGACGCACAUCAUGACGCGGUUCGCGAUCUGGCCUGGGCACCCAGUGACACGAAAUUCCUCUCCGCCUCUGAUGACACCACCCUCAAAAUCUUUGAUUUUACCUCUCGUACUUGCGACACCGUCCUCUCCGGUCAUAACUGGGAUGUCAAGUCGUGUGAUUGGCAUCCCACCAAAGGCCUGCUGGUUUCGGGCUCGAAAGACCACCAAGUGAAAUUUUGGGAUCCACGCACGGCCAGAUGUUUGACCACCCUCCACAGCCACAAGAACACCGUCACUACGACACGCUUCUCCCGAGUGAACAGCAACUUGCUUGCGACCUCGUCACGGGACCAGACCGCGCGAGUGUUCGACCUACGGAUGAUGCGAGACAUCUGCAUUCUUCGUGGACACGAGAAGCCUGUCUCGUCGUUGACGUGGCACCCUGUUCACAGCAACCUGAUUUCCACCGGCGCCGAAGAUGGCUCGCUCUACCACUAUCUACUUGACGAGCCGAAUCUACCCGCCGGUCAUGUUCCUACUGUGGCACCAUAUGACAGUCCUGACCCGGCCAACACCCCCCCACAAGUCAUCUUCCCUGCGCAUCGCGUGCAAUAUGCUCAUGGUGCCACAAUUUGGUCAUUGGACUGGCAUCCACUCGGUCAUAUUCUCGCUUCUGGUUCCAAAGACAACUUCACUCGAUUCUGGUCACGGGCUAGGCCCGGUGAGACUGGUUACAUGAAAGACCGAUUCCACAUUGGCGAGGAGGCUGCCGAGGCACAGGGUACUUGGAAUCGUGGAUUUGGUCGGAGACAAAUGCGCGAAGAAGAGGAACAAGAAAUGCAAGACGAGGCUGAAGGGCUGGUCGACCAACGCCGACCCGGAGCGGCGCCCACUCUGCCUGGCAUCCAAGCCGGCGGCAACGGCCAGCCGGACGGGCCCGGCUUUCUGCCUGGCAUCGGAAGUGCUCAACCGCCUGCUCCACCACCCGGUCUCCCAGGCAUGGGUGGGAUGGACCCCGGCCGACUGGCGGCAAUCAUGUCUUCUCAGCCUGGUCAGCAGCAGGCCGGGCCUCCACAGAACCAGGCCAUGCCAGGAUUUCCCAUGAUUCCUGGCAUGGGUGCUGCUCCGCCCAUGAACAUGGAUUUGGCGCAAUUGCAAAAACAGUUUGCAUCUCAGGGGUUCCCGAUGCCGCCGAUGCCUCCCAACAUGAAUAUGCCACCAGGCUUCCCUGGACUUCCCGGGUUGCAGGGGGGUGGUAUGCCUGAUUCUGGUCGACGUUAG